AUGGUGGGAAGUUAUGUUGAGGUGCUUUCUAAAGAGAUGAUAAAACCAUCGUCUCCAACCCCCCAUCACCUUAGAAACCUAAAGCUUUCAUUCUUAGACCAAAUUGCACCACCAGUUUAUGUCCCUCUCAUUUUCUUCUAUCAAACUGAGAUAGGCCAAAGUAUUGAUCAUGCCCAAAAAUCUCAAUCACUAAAACUAUCUUUAUCAGGAACCCUAACUCACUUUUAUCCGUUAGCCGGAAUGAUAAAAAAUGAUGGUACUAUUGAUUGUAAUGAUGCUGGAGUUGAGUUUAUUGAAGCUCAAGUCCAUUCUCAUCUUUCACAAGUUAUAGAAAAGCCUGAUGUUGAAGAGCUAAAAAAAUACCUUCCUAUUGACCCUUAUGGUACUAGGGCUGAAAUGGCUAAGGAACCACUCCUAUCUAUCCAAAUCAAUUUCUUUGAUUAUGGUGGGAUGGCUAUUGGUGUGUGUAUUUCACACAACAUAGCUGAUGGAUUGUCUUUAGUCACAUUCAUCAAUGCAUGGGCUGCCACGUCUCGUGGAGCUAGCAAACUUGUGCGCCCUAAUUUCGAUUUGGCGUGCCAUUUCCCACCUAGGGACUCACUAGGGUUUAUGCCAAUGGCAAGCGUCACGAAAGAAAAGAUCGUGACAAGAAGGUUCAUAUUCGAUAAGAUGAGGUUAGCAACAUUGAAAGAGGUCGCUUCCUCACCUUUUGGAUCAGAAGUGAAGGAUCCCACUCGUGUUGAAGCUGUCUCAGCUUUCAUCUGGUGGCAAUUCAUGAAGGUGUCCAAAGUUAAGCUCGAUACAAAAAAGAUGUUUGCUGCAGUCCAUGCUGUGAACAUGAGACCCCAGAUGAAGCCACCCCUCCCAGACCACUCCUUUGGAAAUGUUUGGACUUACGCCACUGCGUUAUCAACAUCUAAGGGUAAGCAAGAUUACCAUGACCUAGUGAGCCUGCUGAGGGGUGCAAUAAGAAAAAUCGACGUUGAUCAUGUGAAGAAAGUACAAAAUGGAGAUUGGUACAUGAAAGAUCUCAAAAGGGUAAAAGAGAAUUUAUGCAAGGGUGAUUUAGAGUUUUGUAAUUUUAGUAGUUGGUGUAGAUUUCCUAUGUAUGAGGUUGACUAUGGUUGGGGUAAGCCAGUUUGGGUAUGCACCACAACUAUGCCUUUCAAGAAUCUGGUGAUUUUGAUGAGUACUAGUUGUGGGGAGGGAAUAGAGGCAUGGGUGAGCAUGGUUGAAGAUGACAUGGCCAUGUUUGAACAUGAUCAUCUCUCGGUGCAUGCCACUAAAAUGGAUUCUUAA